AUGCUUGGCAAAGUAAAUGAGGAAGGAAGUUCUACUCAACCAACAGUAACAGCAGCAACAACAGGUAUAUUCUCCUUUCUAUCCAGAGUGGUUGAUGAUAGGUGGAUAGUUGACACUGGGGAUACUAAUCACAUGGUAGCAAACUCUAAUUUGUUGAAUAAACUGGAUAGAGACUCUAACCUAAAAGGUGGAAAGGUACAUUUACCAACUGGUAAUGUGGUAUCAAUAUCAAAUACAGGAACAUCUAGCAUAUUUAGAAAUCAAGAGAUUCAGAAUGUUCUGCAUAUUCCUGAUUUCAAGUUCAAUCUACUAUCUGUCUCUCAGUUGACAAAGGAACUGAGAUGUUAUGUGGCAUUCUUUCCUGAUUUCUGUUUCUUUCAGGACAUCUUCAGUGGACAGGUGANAUCAAUAUCAAAUACAGGAACAUCUAGCAUAUUCAGAAAUCAAGAGAUUCAGAAUGUUCUACAUAUUCCUGAUUUCAAGUUCAAUCUACUAUCUGUCUCUCAGUUGACAAAGGAACUGAGAUGUUAUGUGGCAUUCUUUCCUAAUUUAUGUCUCUUUAAGGACAUCUUCAGUGGACAGGUGAGGGGGAUUGGUAGAGAAGACUGUGGACUGUACUACCUGAAGCCAACCUCAACUCCAGCUCAAUUACAGCAGCCUAUUAGAACCAUCUCCAUUUGCUCUUCUGUGUCUGUUAGUGUUCCUUUGUCUGUAUGGCAUAAUAGACUAGGCCAUGCACCACAUGAUGUACUUAGGAAAAUAGAGUCUUUAAAACAGUCCAAGCCAGAUAAAAAUCAUCACUGCACAGUGUGUCCACUUGCAAAACAGUCUAAACUUCCAUUUCCUACUAGUACAACUAGUUCAAAUAAACCUUUUCAACUAGUACAUGGUGAUGUUUGGGGUCCAUAUAGAGUUCCUACACAUGAUAAUAAGAGGUACUUUCUAACACUAGUAGAUGAUUUCUCCAGGUACACCUGGAUAUUCUUGUUGAACAAUAAAGCUGAAACUAUUGUUGUUAUAAGACAAUUCUUAGCUAUGGUAAAGAACAUUUUCAAUUCCAAUGUUCAAAUUCUGAGAACAUAUAAUGGAUGUGAGUUUUCUAACUCUCAGUUUGAUGAAUUAGUUAAGGAAAAUGGCAUUAUACACCAAAGUUCUUGUGUCUACACACCUCAGCAAAAUGGUGUAGUAGAGAGAAAACAUAGAUCAAUUCUGAAAGUUGCUAGGUCACUAAGUCCAAAAGUCACUGAUAAGCUGUCAGCCAGGGCUAUUCCAGCAGUUCUAAUGGGAUAUUCAUCUACUCAAAAGGGCUAUAAACUCUAUGACUUGCAUGCUAAAACAUUCUUUGUCAGCAAGAAUGUGGUUUUCAAGGAAGAUCUGUUUCCAUUUAAAUAUUUCACACCCUCUACAUCACAUCUAUUUCCAGUUUUAGAGCCCAGCAUUCAUAAUCAGCCCCUAUCAGACUUUCAACCCUGUGACUCUCAGCCUACUCAAGAGGAAGGGAAUACAAGCUUAGCUUCUUUUCCUUCAAUUCCCUCUAAUACUGCAGAUCAGCUUAGUGUGCCAUCUAAUACUGCAGAGCAACCUACUGCUAAUGACUCUGUCAUAAGUCAUGCUCCUGCUACCACAGAACAGUCAACUGAAUCACUUAGAAAGUCAUCUAUAACUGUUAAGCAACCUCUUUGGUUACAAGACUAUGUUACUACUAAGGCUUCCAACUAUGUCUAUCCUAUCUCUUCUUAUAUCAGCUAUGAUCAACUUACAUCUUCCUACAAGACAGCCUUGAACUCCUAUUCAUCUAUCUUGGAGCCUUCCACUUUCAAGGAAGCUGCUGCAUAUCCAAAGUGGAUUGAAGCAAUGAGACUUGAGAUAGCUUGUCUUGAGGAGAACAACACAUAG